GUGACCCAGAUGCCUGAGAGCGCCAGAAAACAAGCUUGAGCGGGGGAUGCUGGAGUCUCCCCGGGACAGUGCAGACUUUCCGCGAAUCGGACAGGAGAAGAAGACUGGAGGUACAGUCAGAGGACAGGCCCGCUUACUUUAAAGAGGGAAACUAGCUGCUAUGUCAGUCUGAAGAAAGUACGCACUGACAAGUCGAUAGAACCGGACACAGACCUCCAUUGCACCAUUUCAUUCAUUCGGCAGCAGAAAAAGAUGGAAGUUGAAUGUCUUGCCCUGAAAGACCUCACAAGUCCCAGGAAAGGUUUCACGGAGGAGGAUGGGGGCCAAAGUGAACAAAAGGAAAACAUCUGCGUGGAGAGGAGGCGGUGCACACCACUGAAAUCGGCAGAGUCCCCCAUCCCUGCCUUGCUGCUGAACAGAAAGGGGGCCACCCCCGACCUGGCCCACGUCACCCCCAUCAAACACACAGCCCUGGCCGAGCCCUGGACGCCCACGGCCAAUCUCAAGAUGCUGAUCAGUGCGGCGAGCCCAGACAUCCGGGACAGAGAGAUGAAAAAGGUGUUGUUUAGACCCAUCGAGAACGAGAGGGACAAGCCAGAGAGUCCGGAUACUGUGGCGGAGGAUACAGAGGUGGAAGACUCUUGUCAGUUUGAAGCUGUGGAUGAAGAGGACGACGCCGACAAAAAGCCUAGCAGGAAGCAGAAGAGUCUGGGUCUGCUGUGCCAGAAGUUCCUGGCCCUCUACCCUGACUACCCACCGCUGCACAGCCCCAUCUGGAUCUCUCUGGAUGAAGUGGCGACCAGUCUCGGAGUGGAGCGGCGGCGCAUCUAUGACAUCGUCAACGUGCUGGAGUCCCUCAUGAUCGUGGGUCGGAUCGCCAAGAACAGCUACACCUGGUACGGUCGCCUGCGGCUGGAGGCCACGCUGGAGGAGCUGCAGCGGAGGGGUCGGCAGCAGGGCUACCACCUCCAGAUGGACCUGGCCACGAAGAGCAGGGAGGCCGGACCGGGGCGAGAAGACGACGGGGCGGAAGGAGACGCCGGUAACGCUGGCGGCAACCGGAAAGACAAAUCUCUGCGCAUCAUGAGCCAGAAGUUUGUCAUGCUCUUCCUGGUGUCCAAAACUCAGACGGUUACUCUGGACGCAGCAGCAAAGAUCCUCAUCGAGGAGAGUCAGGACUCGUCCAGUCACAGCAAGUACAAAACCAAGGUGCGGCGCCUGUACGACAUCGCAAAUGUGCUGACGAGCCUGGGCCUCAUAAAGAAGGUCCAUGUCCGCGAGGAGAGAGGCAGGAAGCCGGCCUUCAAGUGGCUCGGCCCUGUUGACUUCAAAAGCUCCGGGAGUGCUGCUCUAGGAAAUAGUGUGAACGUGGCCGCCGCCACGCUGCCUGAGGCCACACAGCCAAUGGCGGGCCUGGACCCCAGAAGAGCCAAGAUGGCACGCCACACCUCCUUCAACAUUGCGCCCGCUUCUGUGGCCGUUCGGCGGCUGGUCAACUCUGCACCCAGCAGUCCGCGGCGAGACCGUGCGGGCCUGCCAACACAGCCUGUGGAUUAUUCCAAAAAGACGACAAUCAACAGCGCCGUGUGUCGACUGCAGUUUGGAAACGGCACCGAUAACCGUCCCGCCGGCAGCCCGCUGGCUCCAUCCUCCACCCGGCCCGCCCCGCAGGCACCGCCUCUCCACCCGGAGCACCACUUCGCCACGUCCUCCCCGCCCCACUGCUUGGCCUACCUGCCCAGCCUGUCCCAGCCCUCGGUGGUCAUGCUGUACCGGGCGCCCGAAGGUCCGAGGUCGCCCGGGGCGGAGUCUGACGAGGGGAGGAAGAGGAGGAGGGAAGAGAGGGACGAGGAGGGGACGGUGGUGAAAAAGAAGGGGGCGUCCGGGUCCGGGGGAUGUGACGAGGUGAGCGCCGAACCUCACCGGGAAGCAGCAGAGUGUUCGCCAGCGGGUCACACCGGGAAUUCCCCCAGUCACCCAGCCGGCCUCUUCAGAGAGCGGGGGCUCGAUGAGAGUCUAGGUGGCAGCAGUGAGCCCGCCCAACCAUCGCACUACCUCUAUGUACCCAACAAUGCAGGUCUGAACAGCCUCAACUUCCUCCUCUCUGCCGGCCAGCCACCAGCCGGUCUCGCGCUUCCCCACAGCGGCGUUCCCACCCUGGCGCUGCCCUACGUCCUGGUGCCCUCCGCAACCCUCUCCCACUACCCGCUGGUGGCCGGCGCUCUGCAGCAGCAGGGCCCCGAGGCCCGCAGCAAACUGAGCUUCAGCCUGCCCGCCCACUUUAUGGUGGGGGCGGCGCCGUAUGGCCUGGCGGCGGCAUCGGAAUACGGCGGGUCGCCGGCUCUAUUGCCGUCCACUCCGGAACAGAGCAGGCUGUACGGGUUAGCGGCAGGAGCUCCCCGUUCCCCCUCGGGACUGCAUCAGACUGCCAGCAUACACACACCAGAACCACUGACUCCGCACACUCCGAAGGAAGCUGCACUGUCUGCCUCGAAGGCUUUCUUCCAGACCCCGGGCACACUGGGAAGUGGAGUCAGCGCUGCGCCAGCUGCCCGAAAAAGAGGCUCGGCACAGAGGAGACUGGACGUCGGCCACCCGCACACCAACCGGUUGGACAUGUGAGGAGAUGGAUCGGUUGGCGGCUAAUAUGCUGUUUGAGCAUUCGGGCUUUGAUCCUGAAAGUGAAAAAGGUGGCUUUGAACCACUGGUGCGUUGUUAAGUUUAUUAAUUAAUAAAGUAAAGGGGUUCCUUCCAAAAUGCAUGCAUAUAAACUUAAAAACAUUGUCAGCAGAGGCCUCAAAUAUACUCUUUCCUAAAAUAAAAUUCCCUAUCUGAUGUUUUGCGAAUGACUGUCAAGUUUUUUACCAAAGUCUUUUGUUAUUGGUCCUUGACAGUACAAAUGAGCCCCACGGUUCAAUUAUUGGACACAAGUGAAUGAGGUGAAACUAUUGCCAGUGUCACAGUGCCCUCCUGUGGUAGGAUUCGACCACUGCUGUCUUUUAUAUUUCCCAUAUGUGAUCAAGCUACGUAAUUCCCCCUACCGUGUGUAUUAUAGGCCAACUGCUAUUUAUAUUUGAGCUAAUAUAUGUUGAUUACAGGGACUGUAAUGGAACAUGAACUGUUUUUUUUUAGCACUAAGUAUCUGACUGAAUGUCUAAUUUUGAAUUGAUUGUUGUUAGUCGGCCCCUUCAGGUUUUGUUGCAUUAUCACGCUAUAAUUUAAAUUCUAUUGGCUGCAGAUGACCUGUUUUUCAUGGUCAGCAGCAGAUAAUCUCUUCUUGGCUCGUUUCAGACAUUACUGUGAGGAGAGAAAUCACUAAAGCCUUAAAUGUUCAAAGCCAGCCAAUCAUCUCCAGGAAGUCAUUGGCCUGCUUGAUGCACAGCGUGUGACACGUUUGACUGGUGCCGUGUGUAAAAGGUUGAAUAGCAAACCCUGUAGCCGUGGUUACUGAUGACUAAGGGACAAUGUGACAAUGCUCUCUGGUACUUGAAUACUUGUGACUUUAUCAGAGUACUGUAAAGAUGUUUUUUUUUAUCCUUGAUUUAUCCAGGUAAAGCAGAUUGAGCUCAGUAUCGUUCGUACGGUCCCGACACAUUUGGGAGACCUCCCAGUAUGCCCACAACCUGCUGUUGAUGUAGGAGGUUACGUGCCUUACUUGAAAGAGAGUUGUAUUACAGAUUUCAGAUUCUGAAGUUGUGCAGAGGAUUUGUAUCAACCGCCCUCUCUAGUCAUAAGCCCACUAACCAAACCAAAAUAUUGGUGCUUUGUACGGGAAUCAUUCAGGAGAGCUUACCGGUGUCACACCAAAGGGUGCACAAUAAUCCACUGACCAGUGGAUGUGUAUUCAUUAAAGUACAAUCAUAUGUCUAAUUUUGUACAUUGUAUUCAUAUUGUCAUUUAUUCUUCCACAUGCAGAAUGUCACAUGCUGCUUUACUGUGUUUGGAAAUAAUAAUUAUUGCACUGCUAGUUGUAGUAGUUGUGUCUGCUGGUCCAUCGCCUGUUCCUUCACUGUAGCUUUCUGCUCUCUCUGUAGUCAAGGGCCAAACUGGCUCUGUAUGACUUCCACAAACCUUCAUUAAAAAUGUAUGACUGA